UUCAAAUCCAUGUGGCAGAUCCCUGCGCUGAUAUGGGAAUCAACAAAGAAGGAGCUGGGAGUAGUAAAGGCCGGAUCUGGAGUCCAGGGGGAGUGCAAUGCAGUUAGUGCUGCAGGAGUGAUGGUUUCUGCAAGGUCCGGGGAGACUGAUUGGGAAACCGCACACAGGCGUCUAGGGCAUGUGGCUAUGCCAUUGCUGCAGCAACUGCAUAAGGAAGAAGCAGUAAAAGGGCUGAAGCUUUCUGGGCAACCAAAUGAUACCAAGUGCGAGACGUGUCUGCUGAGCAAGUUCACACGAUUCCCCUUUCACGGCGUAGCUGGGAAAAGCAAGGCAGCACUGGAACUGGUGCACAUGGACCUGGUAGGACCUUUUCCAGUUCGAGGAAGUAAGGGGGAAAGGUACUUCCUUACAAUAGUUGAUGACUGGAGUCGGCUGAUGUGGGCAUACCCGUUGAAGCAGAAGGAUCAUGCUGCCUCAACAAUACCAGAUGACUGGCUGCCGUUCGUCGAGCGACAAUCUGGGCACCCAUGCAAGAGCAUCAGAACCGACCGAGGUGGAGAGUUUCUAGGAGGAGAUCUGACUGCGUGGCUCAAGAAACAAGGCAUUGAGCAUCAGCUAACGACGUCCUAUACCCCUCAGUCAAAUGGCGUUGCUGAGAGGGCUAAUAGGACCAUCCUGGAAACUGCGCGAGCGCUGCUGAUCGAAUCAGGGCUGGGGAACUCCAUGUGGCCUCAUGCGGUGAGGCAUGCUACAGUGGCAAGGAACCGCGUACUCACAAAGGUGGCUGAUCAUAUGUGGGUGCCGCUGGAGAGGUGGCUUGGAAAGAAGCCUCCAGUGGACAUGCUUAGAGUGUUCGGAUGCAUGGCAGUGGCGCAUGUCCCUAAACCGUAUAGGACAAAGCUUGGAGCAUCUGCACUGUGGUGUGUGCACCUUGGGCUUGCGGCAGAGAGCAAGGGGUGGCUACUCUGGGAGCCCUCAAAGAAUGUGCUGUUUGACAGUCGGGAUGUCAAAUUUGUGGAGAACAUCAUGUAUGGCAAGUGGGAGAAGCAGCCGGAGGCAAGGGUCACCCAGCAGCUGGAAGAGAUCACUAUGCACUUCGAUUUGUCCGAACCUGUGGACAGCGAAGUCACUGCGCCAACGGCAAGCGGUACUAAUGAAGGAAGCAAUGAGGAUAUUGCAGCUGAUGCUGAAGUCAAGGAUCCGGAGCAGCAGCAGCAAGAGGCUUCCAAAACACCAAGUCUGCCAAAGCGAAGGAAACAGAUUGGUGGGGGGACAAAGGAUUGGGUGAAGGUGAAAGAAUGGGUAAAUCCAACCAUCUACCCUGCACGUACCAGAAUGGCAACAAGAAAGCUGCUGAGCUCUACAAGUGAAGGAGCCACAACUGAGCAGCAGGAACAGGCUCAAGGCGAAGAUGCAGUGCUGUUCUUGGGUGAUGACCAAGAGUCAGAUGACGAGGAGCCUGCAUACUGCUUUUACGCACCAAUACAACCUCCGAGCAUGGAUCAUGCGCUAGCCGGGCCUCAACGGGGGAAAUGGCUCGUUUCAAGAGAUGCAGAGUACAACAGCCAGAUGGAGAAUCACACAUGGGACCUGGUGUACUUGCCAAAUGGGAAGAAGGCAAUACAGUGCAAGUGGCUGGCAAAAAUCAAGACGGAUGAGAAAGGAGAGCCAUCAAUUUACAAGAGCAGGCUGGUGGCAAAGGGGUUUCAGCAGAAAGAGAAAGAAGAUUACAAAGAAGUGUUUGCCCCAACUGCUAAGUCUCCAACGCUACGUGUGCUGCUGGCGGUAGCUGCUGUGCGCAAAUGGAAGGUGAAGCAGAUGGACAUCGUAACCGCUUUUCUGUACGGCAUUGUGGAAGAGGAGGUGUACAUGGUUCAACCACCUGGCUAUGAGGAUGGAACCGGUCGUGUCUGCAAACUUAACAAGGCCAUCUAUGGCUUGAAGCAGGCCCCGAGAUGCUGGUACAACAGGCUAGCCAGUGCACUGGAAGGGAUUGGAUUCCGUGCGAGUGCAUGCGACGAAAGCCUAUUCCUGAUGGGCGAGGGGGAGUCGCUUGUGCUUCUGCUGGUGUACGUGGAUGACAUCCUGCUCUUCAGCAGCAGUGACAAGGAGAUCGAUGGGGUGCAGCAGAAGCUCACAGAGCAGUUCAAGUGCAAGUCACUUGGAGAGGCAAGGUACUACCUGGGAAUGCACAUUGAGCGGGAUACUGAACGUGGCUGGCUCAAACUGCAUCAGGGACAGUACAUCAACACCUUGGCUGAGAAGUACUCUCUGCAGGAAGAACGGGAAGUGGUUACAUCUUUGCCUUCCGAGUUCAAACUCAUAAAGGCAGCUGAAGGAGAAGGAGUUGAGAGUGAAGACCAGAGGCAAUUCCAAUCCAUGGUCGGGAGCCUACUCUACGCUGCUGUGCAUACUCGGCCUGACAUCAGCUUUGCUGUGGGACAGCUGGCUCGAGUAGUGCAAAAUCCAACAGAAGAGCAGUGUGGUGCAGCGGAGAGAGUGGUGCGCUACCUCAAGUCAUACCCUACAGUGGGAGUACAGUAUUCAGCCUCUGCUCAACUCAGGCAAAAGGGAGUUGAAGUCCUUCAAGAGAAGGGGGAGCAGCUCGGAGAAGGAAAGGUGUUCCUUUCCUGUUUUGCUGAUGCCACGUGGGCUUCUGAGCAUGAGGAUUCAUCAUCAGUUGGUGGAUACAUCUGCAUGGUGGGAGGUGGGCCUGUAAGUUGGAGGUCCAAGAAGCAGUCUGAAACGGCACUAUCUUCAGUGGAAUCUGAGUACAUGGCAAUGUUUCAUGCGGCAAAAGAAAUCAUUUGGCUAAGGAGGCUCUUGAAGGAGAUCGGCCAUGAACAGACUUGUGCGACACCUCUGUUCAGUGACAGCAAGGGAGCCAUUGCCAUGGCACGCAAUGCAGUUCUUCAUGGGUUGAACAAGCACAUGAGGAUCAAGUGGCAUUGGCUGCGGAAGGAGGUGAAGCUUGGGACACUGGAUCCGAUCUACGUGAAAACUCAGCAACAGCCAGCCGACUUCCUUACCAAGCGGCUAGCUGAAGAGCCACACUGGCGCUGUGCGAGGAUGGCGGGAAUGUCCUUGAACUAGAGACGGCGAAACAAGCCGACAGGCUGAGGGGGAGUGUGUUGGUGCAUAUUCGUUUGCACGUCAUCCUGUCGUCUGUUCGCAUCAUUUCGUUGCAUGUGUUUUGUGUGCUACAUUGUUUGUAUGGUUUGUUGGGUUUGCAUGUCUUCGCAUGUUCAUCUUGUGCUUGUGCAGAUGUGCUUGGAUUGUGCAUGACAUCGAGCACAUUCCAACGAGCCAAGAAUUGUUGGAAUCGGAGCACAUAUGAAGAAGUUACGAAGAAAUGUUUGAUGGAUUUGUUACAACUCAUUGGAAGUCCUUGUCAGCUGCUACACCAAAGUUGGAGAGCCCUAUAACGAGGAGGGACCAGCAUGUGUGGGAUUUUUGUCCCCACCCUGCAGCUGCAGCAUUUGGGGUUUGGAGGCCAACCUGGUACAGUGUGAAUUUUGUCUUGCCAGGCUGGCUGAACCUGAGGAUGGGGAGUCAAGACUUUGACUCUUGUCAUGUUCUUGACCAUGGGCCUCCAGGGUCCUUCCCUUUCAUCCUUCCCUUCCAUCCCUACCUUCCAACUGUGCUUCAAUGCCUUUUCUAUCAUGCCUCUGAACUUGUAAGCUUCAAUUAUUGUGACUCUGAGGAUUGUCAACUUCUCC